UGUGAAUUCUCCAGCACGGUCUGUUGCAACCUCCACGGGAACUUGCGCUUCCAAAUCUUCGGCUGUGGGACCCAACGUGGCCGUCUCUGCAAUGUUGCACUGCUUCAGCGGGCUGCUCCGAUGGCUGCUGAAGAGAUGUCGCCGGCGAACAGUGAAGGCAGCGAUGGCUUCAGUGAAUGGGAAGCAGUACCGAGUCGUUAGGAACUUCAACGGCAAAAUCACGCUCAGAACCGGGCUGGACUAUGAUCUCGCCAAUGAUGAUGAUGACGAUCAGCCCACGAGACUGUCCUGCUGGGGCUUUGCCGGCAAGGACUAUGCUCGUAUGUCAGAGACGACAGAAGAGACAGCUUCGCCAGAUCUAUCAGAAGAUGGAAUGAUGAGCGAAGACCUGUCAAAAGCUGAGGGUCCUCCACAGCCCCGAACAAUUUUCCAUGCUCUACAUCAAACCUUCGAUGAUCUUCGCCGGAUUCUCCCUGAAUUGUCGUGGAAAGGAUUCGAUGCCAUCCAAAUCCCUCCAGCACACGUCAGUCGUCAAGGUGAUUUGCGUCGAGACUGGUAUCUACGCUACCAACCUUUGAGCUAUGAGCACGUGGAUCUUGCUUUAGGUGGAGCUGAGAGCUUGCAGCGACUUUGCGAAGAAGCGCACGGCUACGGAAUCAUGGUGAUUGCUGAUUGCGUGUUCAAUCACAUGGCCGUUGUGGCCUCGUAUCAGGAAUGGCAGGAAGCUCAACAUGAUGGGCACAAGAUGGAAGAGCUCAAGCAACGGCUUGACCACUCCUUUGGUCCUCAUUUCGAUCGCCAUGACUUUCAGUUCCCCUGGAUCCCCCUGGAGGGCGAGAAGUGGGACGAUCCAAACUAUACCUUUGAGGGCUGGGGAUGUGGUGAAUGGAGUGAGCUGCGAUGGAGCGACAAGGUGGUGUCUCGCCAUUUGCAACAUCUUCGCAUGUUGUUGGAUUGUGGUGUGACAGGAUUCAGGAUUGAUGCUGCCAAACACAUGAGGCCACAGCAUGUGGCAAAGUAUGUGGACUUCGUGCAAGGGGAAGGCGCCUUCAUCUACACCGAGGUCUUAUCCAUGGACCGGAACGUGCAUUCACAGUAUGAGAGGUUGGGUUUUGGUCUGCCAUCCACAGACUUUCUUCUCGCAGCCUCGCUUGCAAAGACUUGGCGAGAAUCCGACGCAGGGCACUUAUCUGCCGAGUUGCAGGCAGCAGAGCACCUGGGAAGCCACUCCGUCCAGUUUGUCAGAAACCACGACACCAUGCUCAACGAUGGGCCAGCCAUUUGUGGAAUUGAUUGGUCCAGUGCAGAAGAAGCAUCCUUGGCCUGGGCAUACUUGAUCGCUAAGAAUGAAGGUAGCGUGCUGCUCCACCAGGAUGACAUUCACACACCCGUCGUUCAGGCAGCUUUAGCCUUCAGAUCAGCCUUGUCAUCAGUGUUGGCUUCGGCUGUUCCUUACUCCAUUAAGGCUGAGCUGGUGGCUUGGCCUCCGCCCAACUACAAGACCAUUGCAAUGAUGCUCACUCUAGCAGAGUGUCCAGUGGGCUUGGCCGUUUUCAAUAUAACUUCGCAGAAGCAGAACAUGGAAAUCCCUUGGCAGCUGGAGAACUACAGCUUGCAGGAAGUGAAGGCAAACUCUCGUGAUGAACACCUGCAGGCUGGAUGCUCUCCUAAGCAUUUGGAUAAGCAUUUGCAGCCACGGAUGGCUCGCUUCUUCCUGUUGGAGUGUUUCACAGGGCCGUUGAUCCAGCCAAACCCACAGCUUCGCUACAUGACGCUGUUCUACUACUGUGGCUGGGAAUGUCCCCAUAUCCAUUUCUGCGUUGAACACGUUUGGACCAACGUGCCUGGUUGGGUCCUGAGAAAGUGCGACAAACCAGCUGUGCAAGGCUUCAAGCUGCCCAAAUCGUCGCAUCAUGGACGCUGGUGGCGUGUGGACAUCCCUCUGAGGAAGCGCUGUUCCGUGGAGUUUGUUCUGAACGAUGGAGGUCAUAGCUGGGACAACCAUCCCAGUGCCCUGGGAAAUUAUAUCGCUGAAAUGCCUGGCUUGCACAUCCUGGUGAACAAGAAGCUAGCGAGCUUAUGCCUGUAGAAUCGAAGGAGUCCCCAAAGUGAGGGAUGAAUUAAAGGUAGGUGUAGUGCACAAUUUCUCAAUCCUGGGAGAUGAUCAGACAACUUUGCAG